AUGUCUCGACGACGCUGUACCGACGACGACAUUGUCGACGGUCUGUUGGGCGCCGCGAGCCGUCUCUGUGACGAAUCGCGCAUACGGAUGCUGUGCGUGGACGCUCGGCGCGCGUUCCUCCGGCAACCCAUGUUACUGCGGCUACAGGCCCCCAUCAAAGUGGUCGGCGAUUUGCACGGCCAGUUCGGUGACCUGCUCCGGUUGUUCGACGUGACCGGCCGGCCACCGAAAGCCGACUUCCUGUUCCUGGGCGAUUUCGUGGACCGCGGCCCCCAGUCCGUUGAAGUGAUCACUCUACUGCUGGCGCUCAAGACUCGGUACCCGGAAAACGUUCACUUGCUCCGAGGGAACCACGAGUGCCGUACCGUUAACGUCCGGUACGGGUUCUACGGCGAGUGCCGGUCCCGGUACGGCCUGCUUCGGGGCGCCCGGUUGUGGCGAGCGUUCAAUCGGACAUUCGAUUGCAUGCCGGUUGCUGCGGUUAUCAGCGGCCUCAUAUUCUGCACGCACGGUGGCCUCAGCCCAGAUUUACACCACAUGGCCCAGAUCGAUCGAAUCCGUAGGCCCACCACGGUGCCUAGGCGCGGCAUGUUGUGCGACCUUUUGUGGUCCGAUCCGGCCGAGGUCCCUAUUCAGGGAUGGCGCAAAAACGUUCGCCGGAACGUGUCGUACGUGUUCGGCGCUGACCGGGUGGCCGAUUUCUUGUCCCGAUUUCAGUUCCAGUUGGUGGUCAGGGCUCAUCAGUGCGUUAAUGGCGGUUACCAAUAUUUCGCGGGCCACAAGCUCGUAACUGUGUUUAGCGCACCUGAUUACAAUGGAUACGGUUUGCCGGGCGCUGUCAUGUCUGUGAAUAAACACGGCGAGUGCACUUUCCAGCUGAUACCGGUUAUCGCAGCAACACAAAAACGUCGAAUUUCAAUGCGGAGGACAGCCAGUAAAAAAUCAAAAUCGUGUUAG